GUUCAGGCAAUGCUCUACGAAUCUGUGCUCGCGCUACAUGCCUGCCGCUUAGAAUUUGCCGAGACGGGUACAGUCAGACAGCAGGGAUUGCGCGAGAAAAAAAUUGCUACAACUCACCCGAGUGCCAGCUGUGGCUGCGACCAUGCCCCUACUGGAAGAGAGCUCACUGUCCAGGGACCACCCUCUCACUGUGCCAGUGGUCAUCAUCGGAAAUGGUCCAUCGGGAAUAUGCUUGUCAUACUUACUGAGUGGAUACAAGCCUUACUUGGACACUGGUGUUGUGCAUCCAAACCCAAUUCUCUUCAGGAAACUACAAGAUACAAAGCACCUUGCCAUUACUGAUCAGGAUUUGCAGUAUCUGAGUGAGGGGCUGGAGGGGAGGUCAUCCAACCCGGUGGCAGUCCUGUUCGACACGCUGCUCCAUCCCAACGCUGACUUCGGCUAUGAGUUCCCUCCCGUGCUGCAGUGGAGGCUGGAGAACCAGCACCACAUACCGCACCUGGUGCUGGGCCGCGCCGCGCCCGGUGGAGCCUGGCACGCAAUGGAGGGAUCCAUGCUGACCAUCAGUCUGGGCAUUUGGAUGGAGCUCCCUGGGGUCAACUAUAGAGACCUAACUGCAGGGAACCGAAGGGGUGUGGUAAAUGACAGAGCCACACCAGAAGAGAUCUCGUCCUACUACAAGAACUAUGUGAAGCUGAUGGGUCUGCAGAAGAACUUUGUGGACAACGCAUAUGUGACGUCUGUCCAGCGUCUGCACCGCGGUCACGAGGAUGCCAUGAAGAGCGAGAGCAGGGGGGAUGCUGUCGACGGAAAGAAGGAGUUUGAGAUGAAGGACAGCAACCCCGCCAUGCUUCCCCAGGGCCUUUGGGAGGUGAGGGGCUACCAGCGAAUCCAGGGUGAUGCCCACGUGCCUUUCAGCGUCUUUGCUGAGAAUGUGGUCCUGGCCACCGGUGCCUCAGAUGCCCCCGCCCGGCUAUCGGUGGAAGGAGAGGACUUCCCGUUCGUCUUCCACAGCAUCGCCAACCUUGGCUUGGCCAUAAGCAAGGGGACUCUGGGCCAGAGCUCGGACCCGGUGCUGAUCGUGGGGGCAGGCCUCAGCGCGGCGGACGCCGCCUUGUGUGCUUACAACAACAACGUCUCCAUUCUGCACGUCUUCCGGAAGCGGGUGGACGACCCGGGCCUGAUCUUCAAGCAGCUGCCGAAGACUCUCUAUCCCGAGUACCACAAGGUCUACGACUUAAUGUGCUCCCAGACUCACACUGCAGCCGCUGGGUCUGCCACAGCACCCGCCUCUGGCAGUUUCCUGGACUACACCAGUUUCCCCGAGCACUGCGUGGUCUCCUUCCAGCCGGACAUGAAAUGCGUUCUGCGGAGCGGAGCCAACCUGAAGGUCUUUAAGGUCUCAAUGGCUCUGGUGCUCAUUGGCACACACCCCAACCUGUUUUUCCUCAAGAACCAUGGCCAGUAUCUGGCCCUAGACCCCAGCAAGCCUAUGUCCUGCAAACACAACCCUAUUGAAAUCCAUCCUUACACAUUCGAGUGCACCAAGGAGGCCAACCUUUUUGCCAUGGGCCCUCUGGUUGGCGACAACUUUGUGCGUUUCCUGAAGGGUGGAGCCCUGGGUAUUGCCAGUUGUCUGAUGAAGAGACUGAAGAAGGGCAAGCUGAUAGCUGAUGGAGGAGGUGGUGGUGGGGGUGGGUUAGUCUAAGAAUUAAAAAAAAAAGAAAAAAGCGACAGAUAGCUAGACGUUUUAGCGCGGGCAGUGCCAUAGCUAACGCUUUCCAAAAUGUUUACGUAUGCAGUGGAUAUCUACUUUAAUGCUUUCUUACGAUUUUUAAGAAAACAAAUUAUAAAAAUACAAGCCGGCUAUACGUAUAUGAAUGGAGGCUCUCACUGCACAAUUCACGUGGGAAAACAACAUGCAAUUUUGAUGAAAGAAAACCUUUUAAGUCUUUUUCAACCAUGAAAUGGCGUCUAAGUGCAACGUGCCGGUGCCACUCGGACGGUGUGUAAAUACCCACAAUUCACUGCUUCAGGUUUGUACAUCUCUCCAGCUGGGGGCGUUAUCUUGCCAACUCAUUCUAUUCCUGUAAUUCUUGAAAAAGACUCAUUAUAAACUCAAAUAAAAACAAAACAAAAAAAAUCUUCCAUUCGUCUUGUUGAUGUGCUUGAUGAGUGGAUUCUCCACUUCCAGAUUGAGUGGUUCAUAUGCAAGCACGCUUAUUGCCCAUUUCUGAGGAUUAAUUAAGUCCUAAUUUUAGAAAUGUGCCUCAGAAAUAUUUGAGGAAAUUUAAAAAGUGAAAAUGCAAGGGCCUACAUUUACAUAUAUUAAAACCGUAAGGUUCAACUGAAGAUUUACUUUAAACCCAUUGUCUAUUAUGUAAAAGUGUAAAGGAUAGGUAAAACAACACCCAUCCUUUUUAAACAACACUAUUUCAAGUGUACAUGUAAUAGUAAAAGCAACUAUCCUAUCCCAUAUUUCAGUUGAGGCAAAAUGACUUACAAAUGAGUUUAUUUAAAUUACAGACAUUGUGUACCACUUGGUAAUAUUGUGCAUCCUCUUAUGCACCUUGCAUGGCGUUAUUGCAUUUUCAGUGACUUGACCAUGCUAUUUACAUAGACAACAAAGACAUGUCGAGAGAAAGAUGGUAGGAUCGGGGAAUCAAACCUACUGUAUACAGUGAAAAUGUAAUACAUGAGAGACUAUACAGGCAAGAGGAAAUAUAUUGGUGUAUGUAGAAAUGGCCAUUUGAAAUAAUAUCAGAUAGUAAUCAUUAAGUUCACCUGUUGGGUAGCAAUGAUAAUUUUGCUGUCUGUUCAAGAAGAGGCUUGCGAUAUGAAAACGAGACUCCUCUUUCACAUAAAAAAAACUCCCAAUGUUUUGUAAACAGUACUUUUUUAUU